CCUCAACCCCGCCCAGCGCAAACUAGCAAGACAUUGGACUCGCCAGGUUUGAGUCUCCUCAGCGCCCGUAGUUCCUGAACUUUGACCGAUCCUCAGUGCCGGAGCCGUGGGCUAGCACGCAUGCGUUGUUCCUUUGAAUGGAGAGCGCCGUUAUUCUGGCAGCGGUGGCAGGAGCGGCUGCAGUGCUCCUAGCACUACGGCUGUGGAUCGUGCUUCAUUCCCGGGUCGUUGUGCCCCGGGAAUCUCUCAGUCUCAUGGUGGUGGCCGGGUCUGGUGGACAUACCACCGAGAUCCUGAGGCUGCUUGAGUACUUGUCCAAUGCUUACUCUCCCAGACAUUACGUCAUUGCUGACACUGAUGAAAUGAGUGCCCAGAAAAUAAGUUCUUUUGAACUAGAUCGAGCUGAUAGAGACCCCAGUACCAGGUCGUGUGAGAGAGACGGGAUCAUGUUACAGGACACUCGUGUGCUGCAGGAUAUACACGUUGAACUGCACGAAAAGAAAGGACUCAACGGAAACUUAGUUUCUAGACGGGUAUCACUGGCUGGCUAUCAGUUCCCCAAAUACUAUAUCCACCGUAUUCCCAGAAGCCGUGAGGUGCAGCAGUCCUGGCUGUCCACGGUGCUCUCCACCUUGUACUCCAUGUGGCUCUCCUUUCCCCUGACUUACCGAGUGAAGCCAGAUUUGGCAUCACUUGGAGUGGAUCUCACAGGGCAAAAAAAAAAAGUGUUGUGUAACGGACCAGGAACAUGUGUUCCUAUCUGUGUAUCUGCCCUUCUCCUUGGGAUACUAGGAAUAAAGAAAGUGAUCAUUGUCUACGUGGAAAGCAUCUGCCGAGUCGAACACUUGUCCCUGUCCGGAAAGAUUCUCUUUCACCUCUCCGAUUACUUCAUUGUUCAGUGGCUGACUCUUAAGGAGAAAUAUCCCAAAUCUGUGUACCUUGGGCGAAUCGUUUAACAAAUGACAACUUACUUCUUUAGAAUUCUGCAGUCAACAAUAUUUAUUAUUAUUGGGGAGAAAAACUACAUGUUUCUUGUAAAAGCUUCUGGAAGUCCUGAGAAUUAUUGGUAGUCAAGAGUAAAUAAUGUGUAAAUAACCCAGGGAAGUAACUGUUUGCUCUUAUAAAACAAACAUUAAUAAACUGUUAAGUAUUUAUA